UUAAACAUGUUCGGACAAAAAGUUAUAGUGAUCGCCUUUGCGGCCGUCGCGAUUUUAUUCAUGGUUAAUGCACAAUCCGACAAACCAGUGACGGAAAUAUGCUUGGGCUGCAUUUGCGAGGCCAUCAGUGGCUGCAACAGGACCUUAACCUGCAAUGGAGAUGUUUGCGGCCUUUUCCACAUAACUUGGGCUUACUGGGCUGAUGGUGGCAAAAACACGCUCGGUGGAGAUAGUCCUGACUCUCCACAAGCAUAUUCUAAUUGUGUAAAUGAUCCUUACUGCGCUGCUAGCACCAUUCAAGGAUAUAUGCUGAAAUACGGACAGGAUUGCAAUGGUGAUGGAGUUAUCAACUGCUACGAUCAUAUGGCUAUUCACAAGUUAGGAGGAUUUGGAUGCCGAGGACCACUGCCAGAUAAAUACAAAGGAACUUUUGAUCAAUGCCUCUCUCAAGUUUCCGGCUAGAAUUUAAAUAUAAAAAUAAUGUAAUUUUAUAUAAUCUAUGAUGCACUCUAGUUAUGAUUAUGUAA